UUGGGCUCUCUCUCUUCAACACGGAAAAAGAGGACAGAAAAUUCAACCGAGGAAAAAAAGAGAUCUCCUUUCUCCGAGAAAUCUUUUCCUGGGCUCGAUUUUCUCGGAAAUUUAUCUCCUUUGGACGAGCAAGUUCGAACCCACUGAGGGAUUCAGUUUUUUUCUCUUCGGUAGUCUGCUCCUAUCGAAUCUAAGUUCUCUUUGCAACGCAAAGUUUUGACAAAGGUUCUGUCUUUUUCGGGUGAAAGUCGUGAUGGCAUAAGGAGAAAAGUCGGUGUCUUCGUGUCUAUUAUGCAUCUGCGAGCAGUAGAACAGUUGAUUCAGCUUUUGAAAAACAGUUAAUCCUCUUGGUUAAUGUAAGCAUUGCUUCUGUCAUUUUGUUGUCUGUAAAUGGGCUGGAAGAUUGUCCUCUGCUCUCUGGUUUUGUGUCUUGGUUGGGCGGAGUCCUCAAGUAGAUCCAGGAAUAUAUGGCUUCCGAGCCUUGGCACUGAUUUGGGCAAAGCCUUCAGUUGGCCAAUUUUUAGUGCCAGCAUUUUCGUCAGCGUUGCUAUUAUCCUCUCCAUGUACCUUAUCUUCGAGCACUUGGCUUCUUAUAAUCAGCCAGAGGAGCAAAAGUUUCUCAUCGGACUUAUUCUGAUGGUUCCUGUUUACGCUCUAGAGUCGUUGUUGUCAUUGUUGAACUCAGAAGCAGCUUUCAACUGUGAGGUGAUUCGAGAUUGCUAUGAAGCCUUUGCACUCUACUGUUUUGAGAGAUAUCUGAUAGCUUGCCUAGGUGGAGAAGAGCGAACAAUUGAAUUCAUGGAACAGCAGACAGUUAUUAGUCCAAGCACUCCUCUUCUAGAAGACUCGUGCUAUGGAGUUGUCGAACAUCCUUUCCCUUUGAAUUGCUUCCUAAAGGAUUGGAAUCUUGGUCCUGAGUUUUAUCAUGCCGUGAAAAUUGGCAUUGUUCAAUAUAUGAUACUGAAGUUGAUCUGUGCUCUGUUGGCAAUGGUCCUUGAAGCUUUCGGAGUUUAUGGCGAAGGGAAGUUUGAGUGGAAAUACGGAUACCCGUAUCUGGCUGUGGUUCUCAAUUUCAGCCAGACUUGGGCAUUAUAUUGCCUUGUACAGUUCUAUUCUGUCAUAAAAGAUAAGCUGGCACCGAUCAAGCCACUGGCCAAAUUUUUAACAUUUAAGUCUAUCGUCUUCCUCACGUGGUGGCAAGGUAUUGCGGUCGCGUUCUUGUUCUCGAUGGGAAUCUUUAACGGAUCUUUGGCUAAGGAACUGAAAACACGUAUACAGGACUACAUCAUCUGUAUCGAGAUGGGUAUUGCUGCAGUAGUCCAUCUCUAUGUCUUCCCUGCAGCGCCUUACAAGCGUGGGGAAAGAUGUGUUCGUAAUGUGGCCGUUAUGUCGGACUAUGCCUCUUUAGGUGUACCUCCUGACCCGGAAGAGGUGCAGGACUGUGAAAGAUCUACUAGGAUGCGCUAUGCUAGAUAUGGUGACGACGGGGAAAAACGCUUGAAUUUCCCGCAAAGUGUCCGUGAUGUGGUUCUUGGUAGCGGUGAAAUUAUUGUGGAUGACAUGAGGUUCACAGUCUCACAUGUUGUGGAACCUGUAGAGAGGGGAAUCGGGAAAAUAAACCAAAAGUUUCAUCAGAUAUCUGAAAACGUCAGACGAUACGAGCAGCAGAGGCGGUCGUCGUCGUCGUCUAAGGAUGAUUCUUUCCUCAUUCCAUUGAAUUCAUGGACGAAGGAAUUCUCGGAAGUUCAUGAAAAGAUGCAGGAAGGGAGUGUCAGCGACAGCGGUCUGCAGAAAGGAAAGAGGCAAAAUCGCCGUUCUUGACUUGUAGAAUGUGCAGAGUUCUAGGGUUCAUCUUUCAAGACCAUCUAACAGAAGGAAUUUGUAGAGGAGGAUACACUGGGAAAGGGGAUGGCUGACUGGUUUAUUCAUGUAUUGUAUAGAACUUAGAGGAAAGCAAGAACUCCUAAUGGGUGUGUAUGUAGAGAUCCAGAGAUAGUGAUUUUCAUGCAUACACUUGUAUUGAACGUGACAGAUUCAGAUC